CCACCACUUCACCUACUCCCAACCCCCCCUCUAGAGCCCGAUACCACCACAACAUCACCAACUAACGUCGAACCUAUAAAGGUUGACGUCCCACAAACAGAGGCCAACAUGUCUGCCUUACACACCAUGCCACAUACAAAGGCCGACAUGUCUGACAUCCCAGAGGCCGACACUUCUGGUAUUGUUACGACCACAGAAGGAGUUACACUAGAAUCUUGAAGAACUGCUCGUAAGAGGAAAGUUGUUGAUAAAUAUACACCUCCAGCUCAAGUAAAAAAGAAAAGUAUGGUUAAGCAUCCUCUCCAAGGUGUAGCUACGUCACUAUCCAGAGCGAUUGUCGCAUACAACGUAGCACAUAACGUUCCACACAAUAUCUUUACAAAAAUGAUGGGCUGGAUCUCAUACGAGAAUACCGACAAUAAGGUUCGAGAGAAUUCCUUUAAACCACUUGCCAAGCAAUUCUUCAAGGAAUUGAUUUCCCCGAGUUCGUGGGUUGAGUGCGAUAGUCACCUUAAUACUCGUGGCAGGGUAUUUAAACGAAUAAAGAAUAAGACACUUCUGGAGGCUGCCCUAGCAUGGGAGGAUGAAGACGCGUACAAGGACCACGUCACUGGUAAAUUAGACGUCAAAUGGGCAUAUGUGGAUUUCGUUUAUAUGGAAAUGAAUAUCAGUGAGCACUGGAUGGUCCUUGCAAUGGACAUGAACAUAGGCCACAUAUUCGUGUUCGAUUCACUUCCAUCAUACACACCAAUGAAAAAGUUGGUGAAUUGAAUGGAGUCAUUGAUUGUCACAGUACCAUCCCUACUUCACUACUGUGACGUGGAUCGUUCAAAGCCAGACCUAUCCACAUUCCAUUGGAAAAUCUCGCGACCUAUGAACGUCAACAUACAGCACGGGUCGCUUGAUUGUGGCAUUUUUGCAAUAAAAUUACUA